AUGGCGACUACCAAUGGUGUGAAUGGUGUCAACGGCGUCAACGAGGCCCAGAAAUCUGCCCUCGUUAGCGUCGAUGAGUUCCUGGCGCAUCAAAACUACGACUACCUUAUAUGUGGGGGUGGCACCGCCGGACUGGCCAUUGCAGCCCGUUUGACAGAGAAUCCAGACGUCACCGUGGGUGUAAUCGAGGCUGGUAAGAAUCGGCUUGGCGAUCCUCUCGUUGAUGUUCCCGCUCUGUUCGUCCAGAUGCUGGGCAACAAGGAGUAUGACUGGGCAUGGGAUACCGUACCGCAGCCAGGAAACAAGAACAAAGUCCACCAAGUGCCUCGUGGUAAGGCCCUGGGUGGUUCAACCGCGAUCAACUAUAUGAUGUACGUUAGAGGUUCGGACCAAGACUUCAACGACUGGGCUGAACUCGCAAACGAUGCUUCAUGGUCCGCCGCCAACAUGAAGCAAUACAUGAGGAAGCACCAAACACUGGAGCCGAUCGACGAGCGGAUUACCGAACGUUCGACAAUGCCCUUUGUUGGGGAGAAUCAUGGUACCAGCGGCCCCGUACGGACAAGCUUCAACGAUUUCCGCCUGCCAAUCGAGGACCAUGUUAUCAAAGCCGCAGAUCAUGUCACGGGUUUCGAGAAGAAGCCUUUGGAUCCGUGGAGUGGCGACCAUAUUGGCUUCUACAAUACCCUCGGUACAGUUGUUCGGACCGGCCCCAGCAAGGGCAUGCGUAGCUACGCUGCUCGAGGAUACUUCCAAGCAAACGAACACCGAUGCAACCUCAAAGUCAUCACCGAGUGCCUCGUCUCACGAGUCAUACUCGAGAGCAAAAGAGCCGCUGGCGUGGAAUUCAUCAACAAUGGCCAGAGACAUACCAUCAGAGCCAAGCGAGAGGUGAUCGUUGCUGGCGGUGCCAUUAACUCGCCGCAGAUUCUAGAGAUGUCGGGUAUCGGCAAUCCAGAGAUCCUGAAGGCUGCCGGGGUCGAGUGUUUGGUCGACUUGCCCUCAGUCGGUGAGAACUACCAAGACCAUACGGUUGGCGGUACGGUCUACCAGCUCGCCGACGGCCAGAUGUCAGGCGAUUCACUUUACAAGCCUGAAGUGAUGGCCGCCGCGCAGAAAGCCCUGGCAGAAGAGCAAGGCGGUCCUCUCACGGCGAUCCAGUCGGUCCAGGGCUUCUUCCCUGCCACACUAUUUCUGGAAGAAGGCGAGCUCGACGAAAUCGUCCAGUCGAUCCAAGCCUCGCAGAAGACCGCAACACCGUUUCAGAAGAAGCAGAUGGAUCAAAUCAUCGAGCACAUCAAAUCCAACAAGUCGGCAAACCUUCAAUUAGUCUUCAUCGGCGCGACAGGAAACUUCAAGGAAGGUGUCUCGGAUCAGUCGAGACUCUUCGCUCUUCCCGCGGAGGGUGCCAAAGAUGGCGUCACGUUCGCAGUCUGCCUACAAUACCCCGUCUCUCGAGGCCACGUACACAUCAAGUCCGCCGACCCGACAGUCGCACCGGAGGUCAAUCCCAACUACCUGGGCCACGAAGCCGACGUGGCCCUCAUGGGCGCGGGGCUGAAAUUCCUGGAAAAGGUCGCGCAAGCGCCACAGCUGAAGGACAAGCUCGCCCGGCGCAUCGUACCCGAGCCGGACAAGUUCCCGCUGGAUACCGUGCAAGGACGCCGAGCAGCAGUGCAAGAAUACAUCCUGGGCGAGUAUCACAGCUGUGGCACCUGCGCAAUGGGAGACACGGUCGAUUCCAGGCUGAGAGUCAAGGGCGUGGAAGGCCUGAGAGUCGCGGACGCCAGUGUCUUUGCAAACAAUGUGUCCGGCAACAUUGUCUCGAGCGUGUACAUGGUGGCGGAGAAGGCGGCCGACCUCAUCAAGGAGGAUUGGGACUACGCCGCGCUAGGCAAAUUGGCAAAGUAA